AUGGGAGAUUCACAACCCAAAAAAAGAAAAAAGGGGGAUUAUAAUCCGUGGUCUCCAGAGGAGACUAAGCUGUUGGUGCAACUUCUUGUGGAAGGGAUCAACAAUAAUUGGCGUGAUUCUAAUGGCACAAUCAGUAAAUUAACCGUGGAAACGAAGUUUAUGCCGGAGAUCAACAAAGAGUUUUGUCGUUCAAAAAACUACAAUCACUACUUAAGCAGAAUGAAGUAUUUAAAAAUACAAUACCAAAGUUGUCUUGAUCUUCAGCGUUUUAGUUCUGGUUUUGGUUGGGAUCCUUUAACAAAAAGAUUUACGGCUUCUGAUGAAGUUUGGAGCGACUAUCUAAAAGCACAUCCGAACAAUAAACAACUUCGUUAUGAUACAUUUGAAUUUUUUGACGAGUUGCAAAUCAUAUUUGGGGAAGGUGUUGCUACUGGAAAAAAUGCAAUUGGAUUAUGUGAUAGUACGGAUGGACUUACGUACAGAGCUGGAGAGAAUCCAAGAAAAGAAUAUGUGGAUGAUUUUGACAACGUGUAUGAGUAUGAUACUACAACUCAUCAUGAGUCAUCGGAGCACUACGCACCAUUUAUGUCUCAUGGAACUUCAGAAAGUCCUAAGCUUCCCCCACGUAAAAGAACAAGAUCUGAGAGAAGUACUUCACAAAAAGAAGAAAGUCCUAUGAUGGUUGUUAGCAGUAAAAUUUUGGAUAUAAUACAACAAAGAGAAGAGAGGCAACAAAAUGAAGUGGCACAGAAAAAGAAUAACGUUUGGGAUGCUAUAAAAGAAAUUUCUGACUUGGAUGAAUGUAUUCGUUACAAGGCACUUACGAAAAUUUAUCAUUUGGGAAUACAAGACGUUUUCGUGAGCAUGUCGGUGGAAGAGAGGCUAGGAUGGAUUCAAACCAUUAUGGAAUAA